UGCUCUAGAAUCAUCACACCCAACUUUCAAAAGUGAACAGCGGAUGUCACUGUGUCUAUAUUCACGAUGGAUAUUGAUAAUAUGGCGGAGCAACAUACUCGGCUGAUAAGCACUCAGAAACAAACUUUACAGAGAGCCAAAGCGCGUCAGGGCCAGCGACCUCGCGUUCGAAAGUCCAGACAGGAUGCCUACGCAAAAUUCAUGCUUCCUCUCAUGCUAGGAACACCCAAAGAAGACGGCCAGAUGAUUCACUCGUCCUUUAUUCCCCCAGCUUAUCAUCCGUGCAGUACGCCGGUAGCCCAGUUACAGCGCAUCGUGAUUAGAGAGCUCCAGCUAGAGACACACCAUCGAGGCACGUAUCUCUUGCUACGGUCCAUCACACCGCCUCGUCGCAUGACCGCGAUUAUGGCACUCGUGGAGGAUGAAGAAGGCGAUGCCAUGAUGCUGCAGUUAUACCAACUAGAAGACGAGAGCACCCGUAAGGCAGCCGAUAUGGUCAGCGUUGGUACCAUCCUGUUGUUGAAGGAGCCAUACUACAAGGUUAUGGCCGACGGCGAGUAUGGUCUCCGUGUUGAUCAUCUCUCAGAUGUGGCGUACCUUGAUAUGGAUGACACCAGAAUCCCGGAGGUGUGGCGGCCUCGAAUGAUGGGACUACAGCAAACAGCCGAGUCGUUGAAGAUCAGGGGUAAUCUGGCUAUGGGCGAAAAGAGAUAUUGGGAUGCGAGUACAGAGUAAGCGUACCACGUUAAGAGUAGAAUCGACGGCCGCAUAUCUGAACAUGUGGACAACUGUAGUGUGGU